AUGUGAAAUAUUACAAAGCGUGUCACUACCUAAUAUCUUUUUAGUGACGGAUGUAUUUUAUCUUUCCACAAUUUAAAAUAAUAACUAAUGUGGAAAAACGAUAAAUUUUAUGAUUUACAGGUUGUUUUAAAAACUUUAUAAUUUAUGUUAAAGUAUGGCUUUUCCUGACAACAAUAUAAUUUCGGAUCAAGCUUUGGUUGGUUCCAGAUAAGUAGAUUCUACUAGAGCUGCACAAACUCUUUGAGCUAGGUUGUCAUAUUCGUUCUGGAAUCUCUUAUUGGAAAACUAGUAGACUACCCAAACCUAGUCUGCACAAACUUGUUGAGCCAGUUACACAGGUUGGUUCUAGAUAGGUAGCGAGGUUUACUGUCGACCCUCUUACUUGGAAAAUUUCGGCAAAUUGGAUUUCUUGUCUUUUCCUAACAAAUAAUUUUGGAACACACUUUAUGUUAUGAUAAAUGAAGUGGACUCUCAAACAGACAAAUUUUGGGCCUUUGACUCCUGCCUCACUUCUUGCAAUAGUUUAUAGAGCCCAUUUUCCUUUUCAGAUUUCAAAACCGUACAUAAACAAUCCUGUCAAAUAACAUCAUUUUCUUUGGUAAGGGGACAACGUGAAGAAUUGCAAAGUGUGUAAUAAUCUAAUACUUGUUUACAAGUGAAGGGCAGCUUCUGAAAGUGGAUUAAAACAUCUGAACAAUGUGUAGAGAACUGAGAAUAAAAGAAAGUUCCAGACUCCUCAUUGCUCAUUCAGAGACUGGCCAAGUGUUAAUCAAUAAAAAUAAAAGAACAGUGUUGCUCAUGAAUGUAGGAGAGAAGUGAGGUUUACCGCAAUGUAGAUAGAUAUCACGUUUUUUACAAAAAAAGGCCUAUUUGUAAGUAUACAGGGUUCUAAUGCAGAGCUGCUGGAUUCAAACCUGGGACCGUUACCUUACAGUGAUGGGCACCUUACCAACGCCUAAACCAUUACGGCUACCGACGCUCCUACUACUUCGAUAGGCUGACUUUUUUUGGGCGGUAGUCUUUUAUCUUAUCUUUUGAGUUCUCCAGGUUAUGUAUUUAAAAAAAAGGACGGACUUGGUCACAGUGUGGAUAUUAUUACAUUGAUAUAGAUUCAUUUUUUUGAGGAGAUUUGGAACUUGGUCUUUUUUUCACGGUUAGAUUUUAGUUGGAAUAAACAUUUCUUCUACACAUAAAAAAGUUAAAAUUGCAUUAUUGAGUUACAGUUACAAAUACUUGUGUUCUUUUUGGUAUCAGCUGAUCAGGCACAAAAUAUAUCUAGAAAAGUUUGUGUAUUCAUAAAAGAUCGAAUUUUGCUUUUCGAAAAUGGAUAGUUUUAUUUACAAUUAGUUUUAUACAUCUCAAACUUUAGUCUGUAAGACUAUUCAGGUUGGAGUUAUAUAAGAGAAAAUGCAUUUUCUAUCCACAAAUAUGCGGCUGCUGGUUUUUUCAAAAAUAACUCGGUUCGCUUGGUGUCAGUUUGUUGAAAGACAGUCGGUCUACAAGUCGCCCCAAUUUUUCAACAAGUGUUCGACCUACUGUGACCCCCCGGCCCUCGAGAGCGAGUUCAAAUCCGCUAGGGAUAAUUUUCUGAAACUCGAAGUUAUCCGCGAAUCGGUCGUGGACUUCGACUUGCUAACCGACGAGGAAAAGAUAAUACACGAUGCUCACAAAACGGCCGUCUCGAAAUGGCACUUCACGUACGAAGAUCCCUUCGACAAAGUCAAAGUCUACACGAGGUACCGGCACACACUCCUCGGACGCUGCUGUGGCACCGCCUGCAGACACUGCGUCUUCAAUUACUACAAUGUACCUGAAUUGCUUAAGAAGAACAAAAAAUUCAAUAGUUCCUUCUGGGCGGUGAAAGACCCAAAUAUGAAUACGGCUAUCGAAAUUUUCAAAGAUCUGAAGGUAGCUGACAAUGUAAUCCGAGGACCAAUUUUCUAGUCAGCGUUCCAUUUUUUAAUAAAAUGAUUAUCUAUGGUUUACCCUUUAAGCAUUUUCUAAGUGGAUUUUUAACAAAUAAAAUCGUUAUGAUUGUUUUCGACUUUUUCCUUAACUAUUUUCCUGUCAAACAGCAUAGGACAGAGUAAAGUUAUUACGGUACAUUAUAUGAAAUGAAAUUUAAGGAAAUAUACUUUAUUCCUCUUUGAAGCCCUACAAGGCCUAUUAAACCUACCUCCGUUGGAAACGUGUAUACAAACAGAAGCUAGAAAAAGCUCA